AUGGCGUCCCGGUUGGAUCGCUUAGUCACUCUUCUGGAAACGGGGAGCACUCAGCUCAUCCGGAACACCGCUGCCCAGCAGCUCGCCGACAUCCAGAAGCAGCACCCCGAGGAGCUGUUUAACCUCCUCACCAGAGUUAUCCCUUACUUGCGUUCCAAGUCAUGGGACACGCGCACUGCUGCUGCGAAGGCUAUCGGCGGCAUCGUCGAGAACGCCGAAAAGUUUGAUCCUAACGCUGAAGAUGAGCCCAUUAAGUCAGAGACGAACGGCCACUCGAAUGGCUCCGUCAAGAAAGAAGAGGAGGUGGAGCUCCCUCCGUUGUCCGACGACCAGUUGCAGCUCGAGACCCUGGACAUUCCGAUGAUCCUCAAGAACGGAAAGCACCUUCUCGGCAGCGCCGGCCGUGAGUAUGAUUUCAAGUUGGCUGCUAUGGAUCCCGCAGAACGUCUUGCCUACCAAAAGAAAAGCCUAAAAGCACGUCUCGGUAUUGGCGGUGACUAUAUGGAUGAAGAUAUCGUCACCCAUGAGGAUAUCGCUGCGCCCGCAAACUCAAGAUCAAGCAUGCCGCCACCCACGCCUGGCAUGCACAAACUCGACACGAGCGUAGCACGCCAAAACAGCAUGUCCUCGCCCAGCCACAACACCGCCGUGUCCCCAAGCGGCGACCACGCACCCCAGACUCCAGUCGACGAGAAUGGCCAUGCACUCAGCAAGAGACAGCUCAACGCAUUGAAGCGCAAGAAUAAAAUGCAUCUCAAGGGUCAAGCUAACAAGGUCCGCGUCAUUGAUCUUGCAACACGUAGGCCAAGCCAAGACUACCCGCAAACCCCCGCUGAGCCCCACCCCGUCAAGACUGAGGUUAAGACCGAGGAGGAGGCGACCGAGAGCAAGGUCAACGACUACUUCUCGCUAGAACGCCACGGCGACGAUGACGACACCAAAGUCGUGUCCGAAUUCAAGGGAGCCGCCGCGCCCGAGAAGUCGACGAUUCAGACCGAAGAGGAGCAGCAAGGUUUGGAGUGGCCCUACGAUAGGCUGUGCGAGAUCCUGACCGUGGACCUCUUCGACCCCAACUGGGAGAUCAGGCACGGCGCAGCAAUGGGUCUUCGAGAAGUUGUCCGAGUACAUGGAGCAGGCGCUGGAAGGCAGCACGGAAAGAGCCGGAGGCAAAACGACCUCCAGAACCAGAGAUGGCUGGAUGACAUGUCAUGUCGGAUCUGCUGUGUCUUCAUGCUGGACCGGUUCGGCGACUAUGUGUCAGAUAAUGUCGUUGCACCCAUCCGAGAGACUGCAGGUCAGACGCUCGGUGCGGUACUACAAUACCUUUCCUCCGACCUUGUCCGGGCCGUGUACACGGUCCUCUACCGCUUGGUGAUGCAAGACGAAUUCAAUGAGAAGCGCGUCUGGCAAGCUUGCCACGGUGGCAUGAUCGGCAUGAGGUAUUUGGUUGCCGUACGGAACGAUCUGCUCCUGACGGACCCCUCUCUCAUGGAUGGUGUUCUCAGCGCCGUCAUGCGGGGCCUCGGCGAUUUCGACGACGACGUCCGUGCCGUCAGUGCAGCAACGCUGAUACCAGUCGCCAAGGAAUUCGUCAACCUCAGGCCCGCUGCCCUGAACCAACUUAUCGGCAUCGUCUGGGAUUGUUUGUCGAACCUCAGCGAUGACCUUAGCGCCAGUACAGGUUCAGUCAUGGACCUUCUCGCCAAGCUGUGUAGCUUUACCGAAGUCCUAGACGCCAUGAAACUCAACGCAGCCAAGGAUCCCGAACAAUCAUUUACCCAUCUAGUCCCUCGCCUCUUCCCCUUCCUCCGCCACACCAUCACCAGUGUGCGCUCCGCUGUCCUACGCGCUCUUCUCACUUUCCUUGACAUUGAGGGAGAGGGUACUAAGGGCUGGAUCAAUGGAAAAGCUCUUCGACUAAUUUACCAGAACUUACUCGUCGAACGCAAUGAACAAGUUCUAAAACUUUCCCUGCAGGUUUGGAAUAAGCAUCUCGAGGUCCUCGCUACUACAGGUCCAGAUGCAUUUGCCAAUGAGUUCCAACCGCACAUUGAUCCUUUGGUCGCUCUGACUGUCCACCCCAUCGGCGUUUCUCGUCACCCUAUCCCCAUGGACCCCACUCUCUUCAUCAGGCCCUCUGGUCAAUCCUACGCCCCUAACGGCCAUGCGACAAGAAGAAUAUCUCCCGUGUCAGCAACGCCUUCUGAGGGUCAGCCAAAGAAACGCCGCAGGGUGGAAAAGCACAAGGAGAAAGACACACCUCCGCCUUCGGCGCACAACAUUGACGCGCCGAUGAUGGAGGGCGAUGUGGAUCUCGUUGGUGCGGACACGCUCAUUCGCUCUAAGAUUUUCGCAGCUCAGGCACUGGGUAAAGCCAUGGCGUUGUGGCCCAGAUCAUCACGGCAAGGGGUGUUCGGCCCCAGGCUGAUACCCCAACUACACUCAGCCUUCUCCACUUCGCAGCUUACUGCAUGCAUGAUCAGCGAGGAGUUUGCGAAGGCCUCUGGAGCUGAGAAGGAUGACCUGUCCCAGGAUCUUGCCAAGGCUCUUCGCUCGAUGGUCGAAGACGAGCGACCCGGUUGUUACGGCGAUCUUACGAGCUAUUUGACAAUAGUGCGGGCGCAGUGUCAGUCCCUCCUCAACACUUUCCGCGAUCUCGGCCACGUUGCUCCUGCAAAGCUGCCUCAAUUGGCCGUUAUCGUGCAGGGUGAGCCAGAAGCCAGUCAAUAUGCGUUCUCUAUUGCGGACGGCGAGAAGAUCGUGGGUCCCGACUUUGAGAGGCUCAAGAAGUCAUUGACGCCCGCGAGUCGCGUUGCCGCAACUCAACCUUUGGUUGCUGCCCAACAAGACGUCCAAUCUGCUAUCGACGAAGCCAAAGCCGUGAAGCAGGAGAGAGACAUUCGCAUCAAGGCUGCUUCAGCUGCCGCAAUUGUUGCAUUCCAGGAGAUUCCGAAGAAGCCUGCGCUGACCAUCAAGGGUAUGAUGGAUAGCGUCAAGAACGAAGAAAACCAAGAACUUCAGAAGAGAUCCGCUGCCGCUGUUGCAGUCCUCGUCGACCACGUUGCUUCCAGUGGCAAGCGUGUCAUUGUUGAGAAGGUCGUCGGAAACCUCGUCAAGUUCUGCUGCAUGGAGACUGCCGAGACUCCCGAGUUCCACGUUAAUGCUGAUGUAGAAGUUGGCAUCCUCUCUCUCAAGAAGGAAGAAGAUAUCAGAGACCAUCCGGAUGCAGCUAAGUUCGAAAGGGAGGCUAAGGCGGCUCGCAUCACCAGACGCGGUGCAAAGGAGGCCUUGGAGCAGAUGGUUGUCAACUUCGGCAGUCAAUUGUUCGAGAGAAUCCCGAUCCUUCGCACCCUCAUCGAAGAACCCAUCAAGCAGGCAUUCACGAAGGAUGAGCUACCAAGCGACAUCACGGACCCCGACAACGUACUCGGCCAAGAAGUCGUCGACGGUCUCUCCACAUUACGCGCGCUGGUUGGCAAGUUCCACACCGAUUUGCACGCCUUCGUCCUCGAUCUGCUUCCGCUUAUUGCAAAGGCAUUGCAAUCAAAGCUUUCGGUCCUCCGGUACGCCGCUGCAAAGUGCUUUGCAACAAUAUGCAGCGUCAUGACGGUUCAAGGCAUCACCAUGCUUGUCGAGAAGGUCAUGCCAUCAAUCAGCAAUCCGGUCGACGUUCAUUGCCGACAAGGAGCCAUCGAGUGCAUUUACCAUCUCAUUCACGUCAUGGAAGAUGGAAUCUUACCGUAUGUCAUUUUCCUCAUCGUCCCUGUCCUGGGCCGUAUGAGUGAUUCUGACAACGACGUCCGUCUGAUUGCAACCACGACAUUCGCCACCCUUGUGAAGCUUGUGCCUCUUGAAGCCGGUAUACCCGAUCCACCAGGUCUCUCGGAAGAGCUCCUGAAGGGCAGAGAUCGUGAACGGAAAUUCAUCGCUCAAAUGCUUGAUGCGAAGAAGGUCGAGCCAUUCGAGAUCCCAGUUGCGAUCAAGGCAGAGCUCCGCUCUUAUCAGCAAGACGGUGUCAACUGGCUUGCUUUCCUUAAUCGCUACCAUCUGCACGGCAUUCUUUGCGACGACAUGGGUCUUGGAAAGACCUUGCAGACUAUCUGCAUCGUUGCAAGCGACCACCACAACCGUGCCGAGGAGUACAAGAAGACAGAAUCGCCUGAUGUCCGUCGUCUACCAUCCUUGAUUGUUUGCCCGCCUACUCUCUCUGGUCAUUGGCAGCAGGAAAUUCGUACUUACGCUCCGUUCUUGAGUCCCGUCGCCUACGUGGGCCCGCCUGCAGAGCGUGCCAAGGUCCGUAGUCAGCUUGCUGACGCCGACAUUGUCAUCACUUCGUACGAUAUUUGCCGUAAUGAUAUCGAAGUGCUGGCUCCUCUUAACUGGAACUACUGCGUUCUUGACGAAGGUCACCUCAUCAAGAAUAGCAAGACAAAGACCACCUUGGCCGUCAAGCGCCUCGUUUCCAACCACCGUCUCAUCCUCACCGGCACGCCUAUUCAGAACAAUGUCUUGGAGCUUUGGUCUUUGUUUGACUUCCUUAUGCCUGGUUUCCUUGGUACGGAGAAGGUCUUCCAAGAUCGGUUCGCCAAGCCCAUCGCCGCUUCGCGCUUCUCCAAGUCAUCGUCAAAGGAGCAGGAGGCCGGCGCUUUGGCGAUCGAAGCCCUGCACAAGCAGGUCCUUCCCUUCCUGUUGCGCCGUCUGAAGGAGGAGGUUCUGGAUGAUCUUCCACCCAAGAUCCUGCAGAAUUACUACUGCGACUUGUCUGACUUGCAGCGGAAGCUUUUCGAAGAUUUCACGAAGAAGGAGGGCAGGACUAUUGCCGAAAAAGCCACGAGCAGCGACAAGGAAAGCAAGCAGCAUAUCUUCCAGGCCUUGCAGUACAUGCGCAAGCUAUGCAAUUCCCCAGCGCUAGUCAUGAAGCCGGAGCACAAACAGUACCAGGAUAUCCAGAACUACCUUUCCAAGAGCGGCAGCAACCUUUCCGAUCCCGCCCAUGCACCCAAGCUCAAUGCCCUUCGCGAUCUUCUCCUGGAUUGCGGUAUCGGAACCACACCGUCGGAAGGCGCAGGCCAUGGCGACAUUCCAAAUGCCGCGGAAGCCGUUUCCCCGCAUCGCGCUCUCAUCUUCUGUCAGAUGAAGGAAAUGCUGGACAUGGUUCAGGACACUGUGCUCAAGAAAAUGUUGCCUUCCGUACAAUUCAUGCGCCUCGAUGGUGGUGUCGAAGCCAGCCGUCGCCAGGAGAUCGUCAACAAGUUUAACUCCGAUCCCAGCUACGACGUUCUGCUGCUCACCACCAGCGUUGGUGGUCUGGGCCUCAACCUAACUGGUGCUGAUACUGUCAUCUUUGUGGAACACGACUGGAACCCGCAAAAGGACAUGCAAGCCAUGGAUCGCGCCCAUCGCAUCGGCCAGAAGAAGGUUGUCAAUGUCUACCGUAUUGUCACCCGCGGCACGCUUGAAGAGAAGAUUCUUAGCCUCCAGCGCUUCAAGAUCGACGUUGCUAGUACGGUCGUGAAUCAACAAAACGCCGGGUUGGGCACCAUGGAAACAGAUCAAAUCCUUGACCUCUUCAACCUAUCGACAGAUGGCGCGGACAUGUCCAAUCCAGGCGGCGCGAACAAUGACACCAUUAACGAAGACGAUGCCGUCGACGCGACCGGCGAGGUCAGAGAGAAGGGAAAGAAGGGCUUCUUGGACGAACUCGGCGAGCUUUGGGACGAACGCCAGUACCAGGAAGAAUUCGAUUUGGACAAUUUCCUGGCGACGAUGAAGGGUUGA